AUGGGAACAAGCGAUUGUGAUGAACUCUCUACAGACGAGAUGUCCGUAGACGACGAGGAGGUUGAGAACAAUGGAGAAAACCCCGAUUUAUUUGAUUCAACUGAUGAUGAAAGCAUUAAUUUAACUGAAAAGGAAGGAAUUAAAAAUACGACCAAGAAUGCGAUUGUGAUGAAGUCUGAGAGGCUCGAGGCAAAGCAAAAGCGCGAUGCUGCGUUGGCAGAAGCGGAACUUCAAGCUAAUAUGAGACAGACCGAGAUGUUUGUUCUACCCAGCGGGCAAGAGAGCGAAAAUGAACCAACGGCUGCUGAUUUACAUGUCGUUCACCAAAGAAUUCAAGGCAUCAUACGCACUCUGAAUAACUUUAAAGAAUUAGGUGAUCAUGAAAGAGGGCGCGCUGAAUACAUCUCUCAGCUGACCAAAGAUAUUGCAAUAUAUUAUGGAUACUCGGAAUUUAUGGCUGAGAAAUUGUUCCAUUUAUUCUCCGCAAUCGAAUUUUUUGAAGCAAAUGAAAUAGCGAGACCAACCACUAUUCGUACAAAUACAAUAAGGACUCGGCGUAGAGAUCUGGCGCAGGCUCUUAUAAAUCGAGGAGUAAAUCUCGAGCCAAUCGGAAAAUGGUCAAAGGUCGGACUGACAGUAUUUGAUUCUUCAGUACCAAUUGGUGCAACACCCGAAUAUUUGGCAGGUCAUUAUAUACUUCAAUCAGCUUCUUCAUUUUUGCCAGUAAUGGCCCUUGCUCCACAAGAAAAUGAAAAGAUUCUGGAUAUGGCUGCAGCACCUGGUGGCAAAACGGCAUAUGUAUCGGCAUUAAUGAAAAAUUCUGGAAUGAUAUUUGCCAACGAUGCCAGUAAGGAUAGAUUGAAAGCCCUGGUGGCAAAUAUACAUAGAUUGGGCGUGAGAAAUACCGUAGUGUGCAAUUAUGACGGCAGAGAAUUUCCCGGCGUUAUUGGUGGGUUUGAUCGUGUAUUGUUGGAUGCCCCAUGUAGCGGUACUGGUGUUAUAUCAAAGGAUCCGGGAGUCAAGAUAAAUAAGACAGAGAAAGAUUUUAUGGUUCUACCGCAUUUACAAAAGCAAUUAAUUCUGGCUGCUAUUGACUCUGUGGAUGCAAAAUCGCCGACAGGUGGCUACAUAGUCUAUUCAACUUGUUCGGUUACAAUAGAAGAAAAUGAACAGGUCGUAUUCUAUGCACUAAAGAAAAGACCAAAUGUAAAAUUGGUACCAACUGGGUUGGAGUUUGGUAGAGAAGGUUUUACAAA